AUGGUUCUGCAAUUAGCACUCCAUGUUCAAACAUGUCUUCACCAACACAACAAACCACUGUUAUCACUUUAUGAUGAAAUGAUGGCUAACCAGCUUAAAGAGGAGGAGAGACUCCAAGCUUCUGAGCGUCAAAGACUGCAGAUGGAGAUUGAAGCUAACAAAGAGCGGGAAGAAAAUGAGGUAAGGAGAAUUUGUCCUCCAAAGUAUCUGUAAACUAAGGAUUAUUUUGCAUGCCUUUGUAGGCCUUAUCUGUAACAUUAUGUUCGUCAUUUAUUAGAUCCUUAGAAUAUAAAGGGUGUGUCACCAUAACAACUGGAAGGGAUCUUUAACUCUUUCACUCACAAGAUCCCAGUAGUAAUUAUCCUCACUGUCUACUGUGUGAUUUUAAGAUGUUAGGUUGGAGAAUUUUAUCAUAUUGGAUCAACUAAUAGUCCCCUAAUUUACAUUUGUGUUUACUCUUAUCGCUUGUCUGCUUGCUUUUGUAUUGAUAUUGUAAGGAGAAAUUCUUCCUUGGUCACUCAUGGGAGUUAAAAUGGGAAGAUGCUUGGAAGAGGCGAAUAAAUGAAUUUUAGUCAACUCAGGUGUUUCAGCCAAUGAUUUUCUAUUAUAUGGUUUUUUUUAGAAACGUAAGAUAGAAGAAGAACUACGGUGGAGAGAUGAAGCUAUGAAAGAGAACAAACGACCGAGAACUGUUGUUAUUCUAGUAAGGAUUCUGUUUUAAAAUUAACUUUAUUUAGAGCGAUAUUCUAUUGAGUUUCAUAAAACCAAGAAAGAAAAUCACAACGGGAAAUCAAGAGAAAGGAAAAUACCCUGAAGAUUCCACGAGAACUCAGAGUAAUAAUAAGCAAACCGUCUAAGGCGCGGGAAAACGCCGGCGACCAAGUCAUAUUUGAUGUCAAUUUUGCAUCUGAUUGGUUGAGAGAGUGGCGCGAGUUUUCUGGACCAAUCACAGAGCAGAGUAAAGCAGAACCAAUGCAAUCCCGGAUUACUUUGGACACUCAAUUAAAAAUUUCUCUACUGGGCUUAAGACUAUGUGCACUUUACUAAAUCACUAGGAAAGGAAGACCAAGACAGAUCCAGCGACUAAGAGUGCAAAGACAAAAGAUCCUGACACCAGCCCAACAAAGGAAGUGCCACUUCAAAUAAAACAAUCUGGGAGUUCCACGGCACUUACUCAAGCUUUCCCGUCGCCCAAGAAAGCAGAGGGAAUGCCCUCUGGCAACAAUGUCAUGAGACGAAGGCGGAGCUCUGAAAGUGUGGAUGAUGAGUCCUUCACAGGGACACGAGUGAUCCACUUCACCAGCAGAGGGGGGCAUAUUGUUUAUUGUGGAAAAUACCAUGGUAAAAAAUACUUUACUGAGUGGGAGGGCCAGAUGGGAAACUACAUUAUUUGGCCCGAAUUCAUGACGUGUGGACCGAGGGCAGUGAGUUCUGUGCGUCAUGACCAAGAGGCAAAUGUUUCCCUUCUUGAGCGACAUAAGUCUGUACUAAGCUAGGAAGCCUAUCCAGCCGUGGCAUAUGCCGGUUUCCAUAGCAUGAAGCGAAUAGGAGUACUAUUCCCCCCAAUUUUGUUGUCUAUAAAAAAAUUUAUGCUUAUUAACACCAAAUUGCACUCAAAAACCUUGUGUAUUAUUGUUUUUAUCGAACGCGGUUGUUUUGACCGAACGCACGGUUUGAAUAAAUUAUUUUUGCACUUGAUGCGCGCGCUUUGCUACUACUUAAUCAUGAUAAGUUAUCUCCUAUUUUUUCAUGUAUAUUAUUAAUACGUAAUCACAUGAUUUUUCUCGCGAAAUUUGGAAUAAAUAAGCGCUUGUUAGUUUUUUCAAAGACCACGAAUUGCACUCGCCCUACGGGCUCGUGUAAUUUUGUUAGUCUUUGAAACAAUUUACUCGUGCUUAUUUAUUCCAAAUUGUACUCGAAAUCAUGUGAUUGCCCAUACAAAUUGUGCUUCAACCUGCAUACGAGGCGAUUAAACACAAAUAAGAAGGGCGCGUGCAAAACGACUACCAAAAUAUUUUUUAAAAAAGAACUUGGCUAGCAGCCAUCUCACUCUGUAGAAAUCGGCUAUAAAUUAACGCCCAGAUGUUGGCAAGAUUGAGAAAGCGAAAUUCACUGACAGUUGAAGUGCUGUUCAAAGGCUGGAAUACCAUUUAGGUAGUAAAAGCAUCUUCAAGGAAGAAGCGUGAGUUGGGGCUAUUUUGUUUUGUUUCAGGUCAGGGAUCAUCCGGUUCUAAAGUUUACAAUGGCAUGAACAUUACCAUAGGUGAUCUUGUGGUGGUGUGUGAAUGGAUUUUGUCGUCACUUCAUGCAGGACCUCAGAUGCGACGCACGCUGAGUAUCACUGACAACCAGCAACAGGAUCCGCAAGCAAGGCUUUUGAAACAGGUCUGGUUAUUAAUUCAACUACUUCAGGUUUUUAUUCUGUGAUAAAUUUAAAUUUUAGAACACACAACUGACGCGGGAACGGGUUAUACCACUGAAAUGUUUUUUGUUUUGUUGUUUGUAUUGUUUUCUUUUGUGUUUAUUUCGUUUUGUUCCAUUUCCUACUAAACGGUAUUUCCUUACAAAACAAAUGUCACACGACGCAAAAUUACAGAUUUCCAGCCAAAUUAAAAAUAAAUCUAAUUUUUUUGUGCUUUGUUUUCACUCUUAGGUAUUCAGUAUAGAGCAGGAGACUUUGUCCCUGAUCAACUGCGUCAGUCAUCCAAACCUGACACACUAUUUAGCCGUUAACGUCCAGGAAGAAUCUCCUAUUGUCAAAGUCCAGGUAUUUUUAAGUAUAAAGUAUUCUAGAUAUGUAUAGUAAAUCCUGAUUUUUCGCCUAUUCAACUUAAGAUUACGAGAAAAAGGAUUAAUUUGGAAUAUUUCGGAUAAAGAGGUCAUGGUGUCGGCCCCAUCCAAGUGAGUAUUCGUUCGCAAAAGUAUAGGGCCGAUUAUAUCAACAAAGUUUAGCCGUUUUUUACAAAACCGCGUUCUAAAAUAUCUUCAACCUAGCUGAAUCUUUUAUCUCAACAUUUAUUUUUGUGAACAGUGUCAAGAGAGCCGAAAGCCAAAAGAGGAAGGACAUUGGUUUAAUAAAAUCAACCCUCUUAUUGGGAAUAAUUGAGGCCCAUUGCUUGCGUAACACCGCGAUUUGGGUUAGACCUCUUUGAAAUAGGCGGCCUAUACUUUUUGGUGCGUUUUUGCUUAUUAUCCAGACUAAAACGCCCGAAAAACGUUCAUGACAACGACUUCAAAAAAGUAUCGCUUUUGGCUUCUUGUGGGAACGGGUGAAACAGCGGCUUUUGAAAACGAUGACGUGAAACAUUCCCUCGCCUCUAUUCACGUUUUUAGGCGCUUUAAUGUGGAUGAUAGGUGAGAAUUGAACCCAUCAAAGGUAUACGUUUUCGAAUGAAAACGUUAGGUAGGAAAAACCAAAAAGGCCAAGCAGGGUGAAAAAAAUUUUGAUUCGUUUUGUAGUUGCCGUUAAAACGGACAAAUUUGGUCGUGGCCUGAGGCGGUUAAUUGUCACAUUACCUCUAUUAUCUCUCCAUUCAUUAGAAUAAAUAGGUGGCAGGAAGCCAUUUUGAAUAUGUAACACUUGAACAUGUAACACUUAAAUUUAAAUUUCAUGUUUCAUUUUAACCUUUGUUCACCUCCAUUAAGCGGUGCCCCUAUACUGAGUCCCAACGGCCUGUUUGUAUUAUCUUCCACCUGUAUUAAACGGACAUUAAAAGAGGAAUUACUCAAAUAAAACUAAGAUUAAUUUUUUUAAAGUAAAUUUUGAUUUUUCUCUCCCAAAAUCAAAGUAAAUAGUGCUGUUGUUUAUCGCUUUUUAUAAUACCCCUAAUCUGUGGAACUUGUAUGAGGUGGUCAUCCCGCCAUUCCCCGCGUCCAAAACUAUGCCUUAUUUCCUCUCCUUUAUAAUAAUAAUAAUAAUAAGUCUUUAUUAAGCACUCUAAACAACAAACGUGUUUAGUUACAAUGAUAUGAAAUCAGCAAGUAUAAAACUAAUAAACUAACUAAAUUACUAACUGAAUAACUAAUAAGAGAACAAACAUCUAUUAAUAAAGGUCCUUUUGAAACGUUCAGUUCUGACAAGCGGGAGAAUAUAAUUAUGGCGCCUCUUACGUAGCGUAUCCAUUGUUCGCUCUGGUGGCAAAAGGUCAUCUAAAGCUGUUGGAAAAUCGCUGUCGGUGAUCUUGGCCCACAACUUCUUAUCUUUUAGAAUGAUAAUAUUUUCAAUCGAAAAAAGCUCUUUACAGUAGCCAAGCUUAAAAGCUCUCUUGAACAGCCUGUCUAUGCGACUCAGAUACUUAUGAUAAUACGCGCAACCCCAUACUUCUACAGCAUAUGUAAAUAUAGGUAGAAUAAGACUGAUAAAGAGAAGAUGAAGAUGAUCCAGCGGCAGUCCAUAGAAUUUACAAACACGUAAGAUGUACAGACGACUACUGGCUUUCGAUAUAAUAUUAUCAAAAUGUAAGUCCCAGUUACACGGAUCAGAUUGAAAAGUUACACCCAACAACUUCAGACAUGGUUUACGCUCUAUAGAUCAAGAUCUUACAUUUAGCGACCACAUUUCUGGUCUAAAGGCCAAGCUUUCUCAGCGUAUUGGUUUAUUGAAGAAGAUAAAGAGGUACCUUCCAAUAAAAGAAAGACUCUUAUACUAUAACGCCUUGAUUAAACCCGUCCUUAUGUAUGGGAGCAUGGUUUGGAAUAUCUGCGACGCUAAAGAACUCCACUGUCUCCUAAGGUUACAGAAAAGGGCUGCCCGAGUAAUCCUUGGAGUUGACUCUUAUUCUAGAAGUGUUAUAAACUUUAGUAAACUAGGCUGGUUGCCUUUUUUGAUGAAAUCAAACUAAAUAAGUGUACAAUGAUUUUUAAGAGCCUUAAAGGCGAUGUUCCGAUUUACAUCAGAGACUUGCUCAAGACGAACAGUUCUGUACACAAUAGGUCUACUAGACAUGGCAAUUUAAAUUUAGUGUGUCCCAAAUACCUAAGAAAUAACGAUGGUGGCAAGGCAUUCAGUGUUGACGCAGUUAAGUUAUGGAACAGCCUUCCCCAUAAUAUCAAAAAAAAAUAAGCCUAGUAUAAAACUAUUCAAAACAGCUGUGAAAAAGUAUUUUAUAAGCUCAUAUAGAAACCUGGACAACUUUGAAACAAUAUUAAGCAAUAGCACAUUAUCUAAUUUUAAUUUUUUAUAAAUUAAUUUUAUCUUUCUGAAUAUUUUUAAUAUAUCCUGCUAUUUCUAUCAUAGAAUUUUGUAAUUAUUUGUAUAUUUAUCUAUUUAUUAGUAUUAUUUUGUAAUGCUGUAUAAUCUAGUUAGAGGGCCACAGGUUUGUCAGCUUUUCAGCUGUUACGUGUCCCCCUCUAUAAAUAAAGUCCUUACUUACUUACUUACUUACUUACUAUAGAAACCAGAGGAGCAGGUAAGGCCUUAGUGGAUUUGGAUUUGCCUCUAAGAAGCAUCUCCCACGUUUUCUUGAAGUUUAGUUGCAUACGAUUAGCAGAUGUCCAUGCGACGAUCGAUCGGACCUCCUCAGCUGCUAAAUUGCCGUUAUUAGCCAGCGAUUUUACUGGAAUACUUAAUGUUAAAUCAUCAGCAUAUUUCACAAGUAAAUUCUGAUUUGGUAGAAUGGCCUUAAUAUCAUUGACCAUAAUAGAAAAUAGUAUAGGGCCUAAAACUGUCCCCUGAGGGACACCUCUAUUGAUAUUUACAUAGUCCGUGACAAUGGCAUCAACAACAACUCUUUGUUUCCUGUUCUGUAAAAACUAAUAAUCCAAUUGGUCACGUAUGGAUUUAUAUCAAGUGUUUUCAACUUAGAGCAGAGGAUAUCAUGAGGGACCGAAUCAAAAGCUUUGCUGAAAUCAAAAGAGAAGAUUCUAACACAAUCAAAACCCGACUCAAGCCAUUUCAGCCAAGCAUAUUGACACUUAAUUAAGGCCAUUGUCGUAUUGUGGCCUUUGCGGUAUGCAAACUGGUCGAAGCUAAUGAAGUUCUUCAUAUAUUGAGAUAAUUCUUGUCUGUAUACAAGACGUUCAAAAACCCUCAUUAUUACAUUAGUCAGCGAAAUAGGCCGCAACUGUGUGCAAUUUUUAAAGUUGGGCUCUUUAGGCAAGGGAGUUAUGUCGGCCAAUUUCCAAAGAUCAGGCACAAUGUGAUUUUCCAAAGAACAGUUGAAAAUAUGGGUAACAACAGGAGCGAGGUCGUACGCAAACUCUUUCCAAAACCAGUACGGGAUCCCAUCUGGACCAGAGGCAGUUCUUUUUAAUUUCAGUAGACUCCUGGUAACACUGGAGACCGUUAAAACAGGCAUCUCGCUUGAUUCCGGGAUAGUGACAGUGUCAAUGGGUUUAUAAAGGGGAUCAGUGUUAAUGGAACAGAAAAAAUUAUUGAUCUCGCUCGGGGAGAUAAUUGAGCUUACUUGCGAGUUGGUAGACUUCCUUCCUGUCAGGGAAUUGACUGUUGACCACCAAGAUUUGGAUCCUGCACUAUGUUUCUCAAAAUUCCCUUUAACUGCUCGAACUUGAUUAUCUCUGAUCAACUUGUUGAUUUUCUCUUGAAGAGUUUGGAUCUCAAUCGAAACAGAAUUUCCUGACAUGUUACUUCGCCGAAUCAAUUUUCGCCGUUGGUCCAGUAGAUGUUUGAUGCGCGUUUGGUCGUUGAUAAAAAACAGUGGUCAGUGACACGAACUGGAAUCUUGUGAUGUUGUUGACGAGAUCCAAAUCUAGAAUUAACACCAGCUCUACGACCUCUAGCUCUAUAGAUUCCCAAUGACUUUAAGCGAUGAAUAAGAUAAUAAUCCAGUUUAACCUUAGGACAACAGGAGCGAAGUUGAAAUAAAUUACGUCGACUGAAAGAAAAUCUAGGUCUUGAAGUUUGAAGUGAAGCAGUCGGCAUGUAGUUAAAAUUUUCCGGACCCGGGUUAAUUUCAACAUCCACUGCAAUAGAUAGGUCCUUGAUGAAACCUCUUUCAGACAGAGCAGCAACCGUCGAACCAUGCUUUGACCAUUUGGUGAUCGGUAACUUAGUUGAGCGUCUUGCAACAGCAAGGUCUUGACCGCAGCGAGAAGCAGAAAAUAGCUUUCGACUGACGCUAAAAGGGCCUUUAAAGGUAGAUGGAGGCGAACAGAUUGAAUUGUGCUUGUCAAGAUACUGAACGAACAAGGUAACAAAGCACAAAAGCUUAAAAAAACAACAACGACGAUAGUAAGCGGCAGCCAUCUUGGCGCACAUACAUUAUGUUUCAUAAUGAAACAUAAAUUCAGCAAUUAAUUAUUGUAUUUUUCCUUUCUUCCUUUAGGUUUAGUCAGAAUACGUUGGUGGCGGCGAUCUCAGUUUGCACCUCAAGAAAGAAGGGAUGGCUGUGGCACAGCUACGAGAAUACACUCAGCAACUUGUGGAAGCCCUGUGCUAUCUUCACAGUAGGGCUGUGGUCCAUAAGGACUUGAGGGUGAGUGAAACAGAGAGGUUCUGUUUAUUAAUUCAUUAAACAUUCUUCUUGAAAUCGUCAAUUUUGCUUAUGAGAUCCCCUGUUGCUCCAGAUUCACUCUUUCUCUUUCUUUUACAGUUAUCUAGUUGCCGCCUUGACUCUGACGGAAAUAUUCGACUGGCCGAUUACAGUGUUGGGAAAAGGUGAGUUUUAUUUAGUAGCUAGAGUUUAUAAAUUCGUUUUCACAUAGCAGAUCUGUUGACUAUUUGUACCAAAGGUUCAACUUAAUAUAAAUAGCCUUUUGUUAAGUGGUACACAUAGUUUUUUUUCAAACAAAUUCCUGCAAAUGACGAACAGUUAACUAACAACUUUUAGAUUUUACCAAAGGAUCCCACCGGUUGAAAUAUUACCUCCCAUUUUUUUGCCAUAAGAAACGUCUUAGUUUUCAAGGAUUUUUUUCUUUAGAUCAUUCUUAGUUUUCUUUUUUGUUCCUGUAUGUAAUGGUUAUUAUAGAUGCAGUAUCUUCCGGGACGAAAGAUUCCAAACUCUUGGAGCACCCUGCUGAAGUCAAGGUUAACUUUGCCACAUUCCUCCGCACCCCCUCCCAUUCCUCUUCCCCUCCCCCUCCCCCCGCAUGGCUACGCCUAUCUCGGCGCCUAGUGACGCCAGCAGCGUAAAUUGAUGUUAUGAUGCCCAGUGUUGGAUCAGUUUAAUUUUAAGUACGUCAAAGAAGCAGCGUAGUUGUUACAAGAACUAAAAAAUUCCCGUAAAGUAGACAGGCGAUUGAAUAUGUUCAAAUAAUAUUCAAGGUUGUCGGAUCUGUACCAAAUGUAUAGUGGGAAUGUGAAAGAAACACAGAGUAACGCUGCAGACGAAAACAAAAAAAUAACUUCUGGUUGUGGAAAGAAAGGAGAUGUCUACAGUUUGGUAAGGGAUAGCUUCGUGAAAUCUUAUUCAUGGGCCUUUGAAAAGCAUGGGUUUCUCUGUUUUUCUUUCGUUAGCCUCAUCACCAGUUUUGAGUGACACAAUUCAUCUGUGACACGCUUUCCUUGCGCGUGAAAAUGCUUUCAAUUCGGGGUAUGACAGCGGAGGGCGGAAGGCGCGAAACAGUACGAAGCUGCAAACCAAACUAAGGGCGGAGCUUAGGGUUUGGGCUAGGUUUAAAUUCAAGCAGCAAAAAAAGGGAAAAAAGAACUAAAACAUGCAAACAUGCAUACUAAAAAGAGUAGGUUCAGCAUUAUUUAUUCCAACAUAGAAGAGGCAACGAGGAUGCUGAACCCACUUGAGAUUAAUCAAGAUUUUAACACUAAGACUAUUUUUUUCCCCAAGGGCCUACUCGUUCUCUCUUUGGCUGUCGGAGAUGUAAUUUUUGUAGACGUGAAAGAAAUAUCUGCUUCAUUGCCGUCAGAUUUGCGAGACUUCCUUUUCAAGUAAGUGAUAUAUCUGAAUUCUAACAGCAAGACUCAUUUUUCAUGCAUGACAAACUCCAACAAUUCGCUAUUAUUCUGCAAUAGUAGUUUAGCUCGUUGGCACAACUUGUGAGAAAUGGUGGUGACAAAGUUCAUGCAAGAAAAUGAUUCUCAAUGAAAAGUAUGAAUACGUGCUUUUAUAAUUCUUCUUCUUCACAGUUGCUUAACGACCGAUGAAGGAAACCGGUGGUCCGCAUCUCAACCACGCGAACAUUCAUUUUUAACCUCAGUCAUAUACGGUAGUUUAGCGCACGGUCAACAGGAAGUUGGAAAGAACAGUGGAAAGGCAGGGGAUGAUGGGCCAUCACACCUGGUUGACCAACCGAAACGCGAAGAGCCUGUACCUGACUUCUCAUACAUCUCGGGAGUUCCUGGACAAUCCCGAGUAAAAUGCGAAUUUGAGGAUCUGCAGUUUCUCGGAAGAGGAGAUUUUGGAAGUGUCAUUAAGGUAUACUUGAGUUAAUGGUGUCAGUUUAACUUGCAAGGACGAGAACAAGAACAUCGUAAAAUCUAGAUCUUAAUGAGGUUUGGAUUCCAUCGGCAAGAUCGACCGUACCUUUUAUAGAAGACAUGGUCGUUUGGGACGAUGGGAACACACAUGGGGCCGGCGAAGACAACUUUUUAAUAUGCUUAUUUCUUGACUUGGUACGCUCAUUGAUGAAAACACGGAAGAGCGAUAAUGUCCUGCGAUGAAGUAAUCUGGUUUUUUUUUGUCUUAUCAUGAGCUUUGUAAGUAAAAAUUCUGUGGCCUUAUGAAGAAUCAAGCCACAGACCUUUCAUAUGUGACACGCAAUCGCCACACUGCGGGAGUGAGUAAUGUCGACAGCCUCGUGUGGGUGAAUAGAAUAGGAAAGAUGCUGGAAAUGUUUAAACCUUGUAUUGAAAUAAAGGAGGACUCCACAAGUCAGUUCAUAUGCCAUUCAGUUUAAAUCUUUGUUGUUAUUUCAUUUAUGCCUUUUUUUUUUGAAGGUACGAAAUAAGCAGGACAACUGCUUUUACGCUUUGAAACGGAUUCCUCUGAAUCCAAAGAGUACUCAGUUCUACAGGACGAUCAUGCGUAAGGUACAGCUGAUCAGCCGCCUAAAUCACGAGAAUGUCGUGAGGUACGCAUUUAAUGAAAUCAUUACAGACGGAGUUCGCGUUUAUGCACAAAUUGUGCGUACAGACACGCAACAAACUUCGGUGGAGCGCAUAAACACAGAGCAAAUCGGGACGUAUGGGAGAAGAUUUGAAAUUAAAAAAGUUCCAGUAAAAAUUAGAGAAAAAAUACCACUGAGUAAACAUAUCCAGAUGGUUAGAUUUAAAUAUUUCACUUCAACGAAAGGAGAACGAGCAAAGUGAUUAUGAUGAGGCAAUUUUAGUGUGGUAAAUUUCGCUUGGUCCUCUUUUAAGCCAGUGCCUUUUACAUCUGUAGCUAGGUGGUUUUACAGGCUCCAAUAAUUAUUGCUAGUUUAAGAAGAAGAGUCGCUUUGAGUUGGUGAAUGGUUGUCGUAAAGGAAAUACUGAAAAUGAGAAAUCUAAGGCGCCUUUUAAGGGAAACGGAGCGCAACGCAAGUUAAAACUGAUAUGUAAUGUACUAAUCCAGUACAGCUGUAUUUUAAUGGGAGAACACUUAGCUCCCUUGCCAGUCUACCAGCAUUCCACUCUAAUUAUCGAAAACAGACUACCCAAAUCAAAUUUAGCAUGAUUGUUAAAAACCCCCAUCAGGCAGCGGGUAAACCAGUCGGCUGUUGGUUGGCUAUUGUCGAAGAGUUUAGCUCGAAACUACUAAAAAACAAAUUUAACAGAUAUUUAUUACCGCAAGACUCAAAUGCAGAACCUCAGAGGGACGAGUCUGACCCGCUUACAACUUGCGGUUCACGCUGCCUUACUUCUAGUCACAUUUUCCCUUCUGUAGAUAUUUCGAUUCCUGGAUCGAAAACGCAGAGGACGUUGAAGACUCCUGGUGGCAAGACGACGAGAAAGGAAAGAACAAUGAAUCAGAUUCGUCUUCAAGUGACUCGCAGGAAUCGAUUUGUUGUCCAAGUAAAUUAACACCAUCUGAGAUUCACAGUGUGUCAUUCGUUAAUAGCAAGUCUGAGUCGUCUGAAGGGGUGGUGUUUAGAGGAAAUGUUGAAGCUUUGGUUUCUCAGAGUGGAGAUCUGUCAGAUACAGAGGUAAGGUAGUCUUGAAAAAAAAAUAUUAAUCACAAAAAAUUGACUUUGUAGUCGUGGCGAUUUUCCAUCAGGUAACUGCUAAGUAAGAGAGAAAUCUGUGUUGAUGCUUUACUUCUGUAACCUUGUCGUUCCGUCCGAUAAGGGUGACUACACAAGAAAUGAAGAAAUGUGAAAGUGGUUUGGGACAUGGUGGUUAAGAAUAUUCCUAGGUUUUCUUGAUAAACUACUCGAAAUACUUUUGUCGAGCUUCCAUGACAAACGCUGGUAUGAAAACAUAUUUCAGUUGACAUACACCUGUAGUCCACUCUGCUUUGAAUUCUCAUUAGCUGACUGAAAAAAAAAAACAAAACAAAAACAGAAACAAACAAACAAACAAACAAAAACAGGGGGCUAACAGAAGUUUAAGAGUAUUCAUUGCAGGAUACGUUUUAGCAAUUGUUACAUGCACAGAAUAAAUUAGCUGAGGUACGUGAUCACAACGUUACAGGAUGCUCGGGAACAAACAUACACCAUCCUCGUUCCUUUUUUUUCUUCUUUCUUGAAGUCCGAAGAUUCUGAUGAAGAAACGGAAUGGCGGGAGACUAGAAGCGAGUCCAGUAGAGAACAGGUGGGACUACAGUACCUGUACAUCCAGAUGGAGUACUGUGAGAAGAGCACCUUAAGGAACCUUAUUGACGAGGGCUUGCAUGGAGAUAAGGAGCGAGUUUGGAGACUUUUUAGAGAGAUCGUCGAGGGCCUGGUACACGUUCACACUCAGGUGAUGCACAAGCGCUUAGUCUGCCUUGAUGUAAUCUACUUAGAUUUUCUUAAGCUAGAGCAAUGUUCAAUUAAUUGUCCUUUAUGAACGAGUCGAUUACCAAGAUCAACAUUGGUUCUUGUUAGAACAGUGAUAGCAGAUCAAACGUGGGUGACUCAGAUGUUUCGCUGUUCCACGUACGGAGAAAAACGGAAAACAUAACGCUUUCUUUCUUUAUCUCCCUCUUUUUUUUUCGUUGAACAGGGCAUUGUUCACCGGGAUCUUAAGCCCGUAAACUUGUUCCUAGAUUCUCUCGGCCGCAUCAAAAUAGGCGACUUUGGCCUCGCAACCACCCACGGCAUGAUACACGGAGAAAUGGGCACUGACGACCCAGAUUCUAUUGCUAAUGGCCAGUCUCCUAAGAUGAACCCGAGCUGUAAAGAGAGUAUGGCAGGCGAGGUUGGUUCGACGCUGUACACGGCUCCGGAGGUGGGAAAACGGUUUAGCGGUCGAAUGAAGUACAGUCAAAAGGUUGACUUGUAUAGUUUGGGGAUUAUCUUCUUUGAGAUGUGUUACAAGCCUUCCGCAACCUUUAGGGAGAGGGUUAAAGUUUUGGGAAAUCUACGAACGGUGAGCGCAUGUUUACCCGUGCACUACACGCAUGUAAGAACGAAAGAAAUUUGCAAUUUUCCCGCCCACUAGGAGGGAUCAAAAUAGCCAAAAGGGCGUUCUUGUGAUCUACUUUCAAAUGUUUUAACGUGAAGAUGCUCCUCACUUUUUUUUUAUAUUCACUUUCCUGAGCCUAAAUUGAAAAGGAAGUAGAAUAAUGCCAAACAAUAUUCCAAGUUUUUAGUCAAGCCUUGAGGGGCGACAAAGUUGUCGGUCUUUUCAUUUCAGAACAUUGAUAACGCUUUUCAUCAACUCGUUUCCUAAUUAGGAAGGAAUCAUCUUCCCGACUGAUUUUGACUACAAGGGCCUCGCUAAGAAAAUCAUCGUCCUGAAGUGGCUCCUCAAACAUACCCCUGAGGAGCGCCCUACCUCACAAGAACUUCUUCAAAGCCAGUAUGUCCCUUCUUGA